AUGCGUCUCUCAGCUUGUGUCACGGCUGUUGCUGCGUGCUUUCUGUCGACCGCAUACGCCCAACAGCAUGCAGGAGAUGUCAUCGACACCGCACUUCCCAAAGUCCCAGGAGCUGAAAUCACCUACUUCCGCGUCCAAGAUCCGACUGGUAAAAACAAGAAUUUGACGUUGACAAACUACCAGAGCCUUGGAAAGAAUAGACAACGUUUGGAUGGGCGUAGACUCAAGCGUGCUGUAGUGAUCAUCCACGGCGUCAAUCGAGAUCCUGGCACCUACAUGUCCAACAUGCUCUCUGCUCUCUCCCAGUCCAAGAACUCAGACAUCAGCUUCGAUACCGUCGCGAUCGUCGCACCUUACUUUCCAAACGGAGAAGACAAAAACAAAGGCUAUCCAUGGACUGCAGGCCUGAAGCCCAAUAGKGGCUCGACCUCCAAUGCUCUCGUUUGGCCUGGCUCACAGUGGGCUGCUGGUGGGAACAAUCAAUAUCCAUACACGUCCACGAGCACGUCAUCGUAUGAUGUCCUGGAUCAAAUCAUUCGACACUUUGACAAUGCCGCACUGUUUCCCGAAAUGAAGCAGAUUGUCAUCGCUGGUCACUCUCUUGGAGCUCAGGCAGUGCAGCGAUACGCUGCGAUUGGUCCUCAGCUUGGCACCCGAUCUCCGGUAAGCUACUGGAUUGGAAACCCGAACAGCUUCGUCUGGCUGAGCACAUCUCGUCCAAUGUCUACUGCAUCCUGUCUGACAUAUGACGACUAUCGGGAGGGUUUCGCCAAAUUUGCUGAUUAUCCCAUGACAUAUGGGACGAGUCUCGUCGCACAGGGUCGCUCUGCUAUACUCGCAAACUAUCAGAGCAAGGCGAUCAACUAUGUACGCGGCACACAGGAUCUUGGUGAUACUUCAUCGACUUGUGCACCUCGCACGACUGGUGCGAAUCGGAAUGAGCGAUUCUUCAACUACAUCAAGGCAUUCCCCGUGUCAUGUUCUGAUCCAACCGGGCGGAACUGUGAUACCGUGGACUUUGUCAAUGCAGGUCACGAUGCUGGCACUAUCAUGGCAUCUGCUGCAGGCCAAGCUAGACUGUUUUCUGACAACUUCUACGGCAACGGCAAUCGUUCCUAUGACUUUGGCUAUCCUCGUCAACAGGCUGGAGAUGAUCCUUACCCCGAUCCAGCAUUGAACACAUCGUCCAGCUCGAUCAACAAUCAGACCUAUGCAGGCAUGACGUAUCAGGGAUGUUGGUCUGAUCAGGAUCCUCGAACUCUCACCAACAUGGCCUACGAGAGUAAUGCCAACACGAUAUCUCGUUGUGCCAAGGCGUGCGCGGAUGGUGGUAACACCAUUGCUGGACUUGAGUACGGAUCACAAUGUUAUUGUGGCAACAUUCUCGGCUACAAAGCCGCACAAGUUGUAGACAGUUCCUGCUCAAUGGCCUGUCCCRGAAACUCCAGCGAAACUUGUGGCGGCAGCAACCGCAUUUCGCUCUUCUCCGCCGGCACGACAAAGUUCCUGCCAAUCCCUGGUACUCCUGAGACUGCCGGGGACUUCUUCUACUCUGAUUGUUAUACUGAAGCGACUUUUGGUCGGGCAUUGACUGGCAAGUCCACCACCAGCAAUUCCAUGUCGCUGGAUGUGUGUGCCAGUUUCUGCUCUGGAUAUCAAUACUUCGGCGCGGAGUACGGACCCGGAUUGGACCGCCGGUAG